GAUGCAGUAUAAAAGUCGUUGCCGGAACUCUGAUCGUUUGAGUAGAGUUAGUAGAGUUCCCAUUUUCGGAGGAUUUAUAUUUUAUUUUUCCGUUUUCGGCUUUCGAAUUUCGCGAAACGUGCGGUUAUUGUUGGAUACGUGGACCCGGAAUAGGGUUACUUAACAACACUUCAGCAGCAGUUAAAACAAUCUUCUUUGAUUUACUAGUGCGUGCGCUGCCAACUAAUUCGUCGCUUUGAUCGUGGAAGUCAGGAAGUGGAAAAGUUAAACAUCCCGGAAUCGCUCACUUACGAUCCCUCCAUCGAACGCUUGCACUGAUCACUGGAUGAUUUUGCCGUAAUUAUGGAUUCGGUGCCUACAGCAGCCGUCGCGGAGCGCACAUUAGCUCAGGAAAAGGAAACCGCAGGGCUGGAGCAACAAGUCGCAGAUAUGAAAAGGUCUGUGGACGCUCUAGCAAAUGACGGAUCUUCCGGCGAUAUGGAGAGCCUGAGUGAUACGAAUGCUCGUCUCAAGUUUCGUAUGGCGCAUUUACAAAAGGCCUUAGAAAGCCGAGAAUCACAGGCCUCAGCGGAGUCGCAUACCACCCGAAAACGACUGGAAGCGUUGUUCCACGUCGCGGUUUUGUCGUGCUAUCCGAACAUUGAAGAAAUUCCCAAUGCCGUCAACGCCUGUGAUCCCCGCCAUGGAGAUUACCAGUGCAACGAUGCUAUGCAAAUUUGCCAGUGGUUGAAAAAACAAGGAAUCAACGAAAAGCCGAAUCUUAUCGCUCAAAAAUUGUUGGACAACCUACCCAAAAAUAACUUGAUCGCAUCAAGUAAAGUUGCCCCUGCCGGAUUUAUUAAUGUUGAUCUGAACAAAGAGUAUGUCGCGGAUCAACUGACAGACUUAGUCAAGAAAAAUUAUCCGCCUCCUACCCUACCAAAAAAACAGCGCGUUGUGGUAGACUAUUCUUCGCCGAACAUUGCCAAGGAAAUGCAUGUCGGUCAUUUGAGAUCCACAAUUAUUGGUGACAGCAUUGCAAACAUGCUAGAAUUUGCUGGUCAUGAUGUUCUGCGACUUAAUCAUUUGGGUGACUGGGGAACGCAGUUUGGAAUGUUGAUCGCACAUCUGGAAGAACAGUUUCCUGAUUAUCUGACGGUAUCUCCUCCUAUUGGUGACCUGCAAGCGUUUUACAAAGAAUCCAAAAAACGUUUUGAUGAAGAUGCUGAAUUUAAAAAGCGAGCCUACAAUCGGGUCGUGCAGCUGCAGAGCCAUGUGCCGGAAAUCACGAAAGCAUGGCAGUUAAUCGUCAGUGUUUCGUACCAAGAAUUCACGAAGGUUUACGAACGCCUAUCUACCAGCAAAAAACUGCAAAACCGGGGUGAAUCAUUCUAUCAAGAUCAUAUGGUGGAUCUGGUGAAAGAGCUAGAUGGGAAAGGUCAAAUGACUGAAGAAGAAGGAAGAAAGCUUCUUUUUGUUCCUGGAGGACAGAUUCCCUUGACCAUAGUGAAAUCGGAUGGUGGAUUUACUUACGAUACAUCGGAUUUAGCAUGCAUCAAACACCGACUACAAGUUGAAAAGUGUGAUAGGAACCUAUACGUGAUUGAUAGCGGACAAGAGUUGCACAUAAAUUUAAUCAUCAAAGCAGCAGAAUUCCUCGGAUUCAGCAAACCUGAACAACUGAGUCAGUUCGUCGGAUUUGGACUUGUUCUGGGAGAAGACAAGAAAAAGUUUAAGACUCGAUCUGGGGAUACCGUUCGCUUGGUUGACCUUUUGGACGAAGGAGUGAAUCGUGCUGCCGCAAAACUGAAGGAUAAAGGUCGAGAUAAGGAUUUGACGACGGAAGAAUUUGAAGCAGCACGAGAUGCUGUUGCGUACGGGUGCAUCAAGUACGCGGAUUUAAGCAAUAACCGAACGAGUGAUUAUGUGUUCUCUUUCGAUAAGAUGCUGGAUGACAAAGGAAACACUGCGGUGUAUUUGCUGUACGCAUAUACUCGAAUUCGAGCGAUAUCCCGAAAUGCCGGUGUUUCACCUGAUAGCUUAAAGGCAUACGUGGAAAGCGUUGAGCAACUCCCAUUGGACCAUGCUAAGGAACUUAAACUGGCGAAGAAACUGAUUCAGUUCCAUGAAAUGCUGCUAACCGUGAUGGAUAACUUGUUGAUGAAUCAGCUGUGCGACUACAUGUAUCAACUGUCGGGAGUGUUUACCGAAUUCUACGACAACUGCUACUGCAUCGAAAAGGAUAGGAAAUCAGGGGAAGUUCUGAAAAUCCAUAUGCAUCGUCUGGCUCUAUGCGAGGCAACCGCUGGAGUGAUGGAUCGGUGCUUCCAGAUUCUGGGGAUCAAACCAGUCGGAAAGAUGUGAAGCUGUGCUAUCAGAAUAAUAUAUUCCCUGAUUAACGCAUCAGUUUUUUAAUGUUUUCUAGUAAACGCUCUUUCAAGAGUAAUAAAGCUAACGCUCUUUGGUGCCGUCAAAUCAAUAAAAACAAUCAAAAAAGAA